GGAGUGCAAUUUUCAGCCCCGCCACAGCCCACACCAUACUGAGCCUAAAGGGAUCCAGAGGGGGCUUCAGCCACCCUUGAGCUACAGAAGAAGGCUUGGCUGUGGGGUGAGGAAGAAGAAGGGGGUGAUGCAAACCUGGCUGGAGUAGGCAACUAGGGAAGGGAAAGUGAUCAUGGAGCCCACUUCUGCCCAGGAUGACAGCCAGAAGAAAAAGCAACAGAAGGAAAAGGCCAAGAAAGCAGUUCUGGAACUUCCUCCCAGGCCUCCUCGGUCUCUGCUGUGCCUCACCCUCCAGAACCCAGUGCGCAAGGCCUGCAUCGCUAUUGUGGAAUGGAAGCCCUUCGAGACCAUCAUCCUGCUAACCAUCUUUGCCAAUUGCAUUGCACUGGCUAUCUACCUGCCCAUGCCUGAAGAUGACACCAACAAAGUGAACUCUAGACUGGAGAAGCUGGAAUACUUCUUUCUCAUAAUAUUUGCCAUUGAGGCAAUGCUGAAGAUAAUUGCAUAUGGAUUUUUAUUCCAUGCAGAUGCCUACCUCCGAAACGGCUGGAAUGUGCUGGAUUUUACAAUAGUCUUUUUAGGAGUCUUCACAUUGAUCCUGGAGAAAAUCAGCUUAACGGAGGGUGCUCUUCUUAGUGGGCAGGGUGGCUUUGAUGUCAAGGCUCUGAGAGCCUUUCGAGUGCUGCGGCCCCUACGCCUGGUAUCAGGAGUACCAAGUCUGCAAGUGGUACUGAACUCAAUCAUGAAGGCUAUGAUGCCGCUGCUUCACAUUGCUGUGCUCGUUGUCUUCAUGCUCAUUAUCUAUGCCAUUGUAGGACAGGAGCUCUUUAAGGGCAAGAUGCACAAGACCUGCUACUACAAUGGGACAGAUAUCAUUGCCACUGUGGAAAAUGAAAAACCAGCUCCAUGUACAAACACAGGCCAUGGGCGCCACUGCACUAUCCCUGGCUCUGAGUGCAGGGGCAAGUGGCCAGGACCCAACAAUGGCAUCACCCACUUUGAUAACUUUGGGUUUGCAAUGCUGACUGUAUACCAGUGUAUCUCCAUGGAGGGGUGGACUGAAGUCCUCUACUGGGUAAAUGAUGCCAUUGGGAAUGAAUGGCCUUGGAUCUACUUCGUCAGCCUCAUCUUACUUGGGUCAUUUUUUAUCCUUAAUCUGAUCCUGGGUGUGCUCAGUGGGGAGUUCUCCAAAGAGCGCGAGAAAGCCAAAUCACGGGGUACCUUCCAGAAACUGAGGGAGAAGCAGCAACUGGAGGAAGACAUGAAAGGCUACAUGGACUGGAUCAUCCAUGCAGAAGUCAUGGAUAGUGACCGGACACGUGGGGAAGGAAUGAUGCCAUCAGACGACGGUGGCUCAGAGACAGAGAGCCUAUAUGAGAUUGAGGGCAUGAAUAAAUGGAUUUUGUUCUUCCGGCACUGGCGGCGAUGGAACCGUCUUUUUCGCAGGAAAUGCCGGGAAGUGGUUAAGUCCAGGUUUUUCUAUUGGUUCGUGAUACUGAUUAUUGCCUUGAACACCCUGUCAGUAGCCUCUGAGCAUCAUGGACAAUCUGAAUGGCUAACCCACGUCCAAGAUAUUGCCAACCGAGUGCUUCUGGCUCUAUUCACGGUAGAGAUGAUUCUGAAGAUGUAUGCCCUGGGCCUUCGUCAGUACUUCAUGUCCCUCUUCAACCGCUUUGAUUGCCUUGUGGUGUGCAUUGGCAUCCUAGAGAUCAUACUGGUGGAAUUUACCUCCAUGACUCCCCUGGGCAUCUCUGUUUUGCGGUGCAUUCGCCUGCUGAGGAUUUUCAAGAUAACUAAGUAUUGGACCUCUCUGAACAACUUAGUGGCAUCUCUGCUGAACUCAGUGCGCUCCAUUGCCUCCCUCCUCACCCUCCUCUUCCUCUUCAUUGUCAUCUUUGCCCUGUUAGGGAUGCAGCUUUUUGGAGGGAGGUUUGACUUUGAUGAUGUAGUGAUACGACGUAGCACCUUUGAUAACUUCCCCCAGGCUCUCAUCAGUGUCUUCCAGGUUCUGACUGGAGAAGACUGGACUUCUAUCAUGUACAAUGGGAUAAUGGCUUAUGGAGGGCCAACUUAUCCUGGUAUGCUGGUUUGCAUUUACUUCAUUAUUCUUUUUGUCUGUGGAAACUAUAUCUUGCUCAAUGUUUUCUUGGCCAUUGCUGUGGACAAUCUUGCUGAGGCUGAAACUUUGACCUCUGCUCAGAAAGCCAAAGACGAAGAGAAGAAAAGAAAGAAAAUGGCCCGAGGUUACCCUGAGAAAUCAGAAGAUGAAAAACAGUUGCUAGCUAAGAAGCUGGAACAGAAAGCCAAGGGAGAAGGAAUCCCCACCACAGCCAAGUUGAAAGUGGAUGAGUUUGAAUCAAAUGUCAACGAGAUCAAGGACCCUUAUCCCUCUGCUGACUUCCCAGGUGACGAUGAAGAAGAUGAGCCUGAAAUCCCACUGAGUCCUAGGCCACGUCCCCUAGCAGAGCUGCAGUUAAAGGAGAAGGCAGUGCCCAUGCCCGAGGCCAGUGCAUUCUUCAUCUUUAGCCCAACCAACAAGAUCCGUGUACUAUGCCACCGAAUUGUCAACGCCACCUGGUUCACCAACUUCAUCCUCCUCUUCAUCCUGCUCAGCAGCAUCUCACUGGCAGCUGAAGAUCCAAUACGUGCCGUGUCCUUCAGAAAUCAGGUUCUAGAAUAUUUUGACAUUUGCUUCACUUCUGUGUUCACAGUGGAAAUUGUUCUAAAGAUGACUGCUUAUGGUGCUUUCCUUCACAAGGGAUCCUUCUGUCGCAACUAUUUCAACAUUCUGGACUUGCUUGUGGUUGCUGUCUCCCUCAUCUCCAUGGGAAUUGAGUCCAGUGCCAUCUCAGUAGUGAAGAUUCUAAGGGUGCUCAGAGUACUGCGACCAUUGAGAGCCAUUAACAGAGCAAAGGGACUGAAGCAUGUAGUACAGUGUGUUUUUGUGGCUCUCAAGACCAUUGGUAACAUUGUGCUAGUCACUGCCUUGUUGCAGUUCAUGUUUGCCUGCAUUGGGGUGCAGCUCUUCAAGGGGAAGUUCUACAGCUGUACAGAUUUAACCAAGAUGACUGAACCAGAAUGCAGGGGAUACUUCAUCACAUACGUUGAUGCUGAUCCAACGCAGGUUGUGGUACAUAAGCGAGUGUGGUCACGCAAUGAUUUCCACUUUGAUAAUGUGUUGUCAGCCAUGAUGUCUCUCUUCACUGUAUCCACCUUUGAAGGAUGGCCAGAGUUAUUGUACCAAGCAAUUGAUACCCACAGUGAGGACAUGGGACCCAUAUACAACUAUCGAAUGGGCAUUGCCAUCUUCUUUAUCAUCUAUCUCAUCCUCAUAGCCUUUUUUAUGAUGAACAUCUUUGUAGGUUUUAUCAUUGUAACUUUCCAGGAGCAAGGGGAAACGGAGUACAAAGACUGUGAGCUGAACAAGAAUCAGCGCCAGUGUGUCCAAUAUGCACUGAAAGCACGCCCUCUGAGAUGCUACAUUCCCAAGAACCCCUACCAGUACCAGAUAUGGUAUGUGGUGACCUCCUCCUACUUUGAGUACCUCAUGUUCUUCCUGAUCACACUGAACACCAUCUGCUUGGGCAUGCAGCAUUAUAAUCAAUCAGAGACAAUGAACCAAGUCUCAGAUAUCCUCAAUGUGGUCUUCACCAUCCUCUUUACUGUGGAGAUGAUUCUUAAACUUAUAGCCUUCAAGGUGAAGGGCUACUUUGGGGACCCUUGGAAUGUCUUUGAUUUCCUUAUAGUCAUUGGCAGUAUCAUUGAUGUCAUCCUGAGUCAGAUUGAUACAAUUCUUGCUUCCAGAGGUGGAUUGUACUGCCUAAGCGGUGGCUGUAAUGGCAUUACGAAGGAGCUGGCGAUCCAAGGAGCCACUGGAGAGGCAACACCACAGCUUCCCAUAGAUCCUGAUGAGAGCGGCCGAAUCUCCAUCACUUUCUUCCGGCUUUUCCGUGUCCUACGGCUGGUAAAACUGCUGAGCAGAGGAGAAGGCAUUCGAAAUUUACUCUGGACUUUUAUCAAAUCCUUCCAGGCACUGCCCCAUGUGGCUUUGCUGAUUGUGAUGUUGUUCUUUAUCUAUGCUGUGAUUGGGAUGCAGAUGUUUGGGAAAAUUGCUCUGGUUGAUGGAACCGAAAUAAAUCGGAACAACAACUUCCAGACCUUCCCACAAGCAGUGCUACUGCUAUUCAGAUGUGCAACUGGUGAGGCCUGGCAGGAGAUCUUAUUGGCUGCCAGCUAUGGGAAGCUGUGUGACCCCGAGUCUGACUAUGCUGCUGGUGAAGAAUAUACUUGUGGCACAAGCUUUGCUUAUUUCUACUUCAUGAGCUUCUACAUGCUAUGUGCAUUCCUGAUUAUCAACCUCUUUGUUGCGGUCAUCAUGGACAACUUUGAUUACCUCACACGGGAUUGGUCCAUAUUGGGUCCUCAUCACCUGGACGAGUUCAAACGAAUCUGGGCUGAAUAUGAUCCUGAAGCCAAGGGCCGCAUCAAGCAUCUAGAUGUGGUGACUCUGUUGAGACGAAUCCAGCCUCCCCUAGGCUUUGGAAAGUUUUGUCCACAUCGUGUGGCUUGUAAGCGCCUGGUGGGCAUGAACAUGCCCCUGAACAGUGAUGGUACAGUCACUUUCAAUGCUACGCUUUUUGCUCUGGUGAGAACUGCUCUCAAGAUCAAGACAGAAGGUAACUUCGAGCAAGCCAAUGAAGAGUUAAGGAUGAUUAUCAAAAAAAUCUGGAAGAGAACCAGCAUGAAACUCCUGGAUCAAGUCAUUCCACCAAUUGGAGAUGAUGAGGUGACUGUAGGCAAGUUCUACGCUACCUUCCUCAUUCAGGAGCAUUUCAGAAAAUUCAUGAAGCGCCAGGAAGAGUAUUAUGGAUACCGGCCCAACAAGAAUGCUGUUGAAAUACAGGCUGGCCUGAGGACCAUUGAAGAGGAAGCUGCUCCUGAGAUCAAAAGAGCAAUCUCUGGGGAUCUGACUGCAGAGGAGGAACUUGAGAGAGCCAUGGUUGAGGCAGCAAUGGAGGAAGGCAUCUAUAGGAGGACUGGAGGUUUGUUUGGCCAGGUUGACACCUUUAUGGAACCGAGCAGUCCACUACCACCCCAUAUGGCUAGCCAGAGACCUCUACAAUUCACAGAGAUGGGAAGCGAAGAUUUAGAUUCUCCUGUAUUCCUUGAUGACUUCCCACCAGGAGGGGGUGCCAACGUGAACAACAGCAACAGCAAUACCAACAAAAAUGCAGCAGCAUGGAUGACAUAUGAGAAUGAGCUGAAGGGAGAGAGGUUGCCACCACCAUUUCACCAGCUAUCUGAUCUAGCCAACAAAUGCUCAAUUCAGCCUAAAAAGCAGCAAGGGAAAAUGAGCAAGAUGCCAGCUCAUGGUGUCAAGCGCUGUUCGGAACUACAGUUUCCCAUCCAGCAGCAAGAGGCAGAUGAUGGUGAAGUGUCACAGUCUACAAGCAUCAAUGAAGGAAACGCACUAAGGAGCAUGGAAGCAGCUACCCCAGCCACUGUCUAUCUCAUCCAAGAGGCUCUGAACUCUGGAGGACUCAACUCCCUAGCUAAAGACUAUUCUUUUCUGAAACAAGCCAGAGGUGAGAUGGCUGCUGUCUUCCAGGCAGAGGUGACCAAGAUGGAGGAGGCUGCUGCCACUUUGUAGAAGAGAAGAGAAAGCUCAACUAUGUCUCUGUAAAGAGCCUGUUGCAUGGUCAUUCCAGAUACCAGACUGUGAGACCUUAUCCCCAACCUUUUAUCUCUUUUUUCUCCAGCAGUGCUGCUAUACGGUGCUACCCAUUUGUCUGCUUCCAGGUGGUUACCAUGAAAACACUGCAUUACCUACUCACAAUAAUCCCUGACUGGUUACCAUUUGCAGCAUAACAGGCAAAUGGAAGAGAAGGUGGAGGGAAAGCUACCUUACUUGGCUGUCCAAAGAGGAGAUUUUAGGAAUAGGACAUCCAAGGUGUUUCAGUCAGGUAGGAAUGGGAUCUCUCAGACUCUCUUUACUCUCAUGAGAUCUGUAGAAUGCAAACUAGAUGAUAAAUCAUGAAAAAUUCCCAAUGUGUAAUAUCAAAGAUCCCUCCUACCUAGCUCAUUUAUUUCCUCUGGGAAACAUCUUGAAAAGUGCCCUUUGAUUAUAUUGUUUUGAACAAAAGUAAAAAUGAUUACAAACUAGCACUUUUAUUAAACUGAAAGAUCAUUAAACAGGACCGAUCAUUUUAUUUAUUUGUCUGUUUAAAGUAUUUAUACCCAGCCCCUCAACACGCACGCGCACACUCACUCACUCACUUAACUUUCCAGGUCAGCUUACAAACUGAUAAAACAAUAAAAACACAACAAUACAAUCAAAGCAUUAAAAUCUAAACACAGUUACAUACACACAUCCAAAAAUUGGGAGUGAAGAGUUCUGUUGCUGAAUCCUAUGAGGUCUCCCAAUGAUUUAGCUGGCUGCUAACAUAUAGUGAAAGAUUUGAGUGUGCAUUAAUUUAGAGUUCUACCCAACCACAUUCCUAGGUUCAUGCUGGCUUACAAUGUAAUAAUCCCACAUAAGCAUGUUUAAUUAAAUCAGACAAAGCAAUAACAGCUCAUCCUUUAACAGAUGUACUGCGGUUCCUAAAAGGAAAUUGAAAUAAAUAUUUUGGAAAGAUAUAAAGCUUGGGCUUUGGCAAGUCGAGAAUACUCUGAAAGUACAGCUCUUACAGAAAUUGUAGAGUCCUGAUUCAUAGAAUCAUUGAAUAGUAGAGUUGGAGGGGCCUAUAAGGCCAUCGAGUCCAACCCCCUGCUCAAUGCAGGAAUCCAAAUCAAAGCAUUCCCGACAGAUGGCUGUCCAGCUGUCUCCUGAAUGCCUCCAGUGUCGGAAAGCCCACUACCUCUCUAGGUAUACUAUCUUAAGAACAUAAGAAAAGCCCUGCUGAAAUCAGACCAAAGGCCCAUCUCACCCAGCAUCCAGUUCUCACAGUGGCCUGCCAGAUGCCUAUGGGAAGCCCACGAGAAGAACCUGAGCACAACAGCACUCUCUCUGCUUGUGAUUCCUACCAACUAGCAUUCAGAGGCAAACUGCCUCCGACAGUGGAGUUAGCACAUAGCCUUAUUUAUUUAUUUAUUUAUUUAUUUAUACCCCGCCUUAUCGCCAAAAGGCCCUCAAGGCGGCUUACAAGAAAAAAACAAAUACAGGAAUAUAUCCAUAAAACAAUACAAUUUACAAAAUUAAAUAACAAAUAACAUUAUUAAAAAACAAUGAUUACAAAACUUCCAAUGAAAAAACAGUGUGGUGCAGGCGCCUGGAGCAGCAGAAACAUCUCAGGCUACCCCCAGCAAAGCUGUGGGUUGGUUCUCUCUCUUUCCUUCUAUAUUGAACUUCUAAUCAGCUUCUCUGAUGGAAAAACAUGAGUAAGCUUUCCCCAGCACCAGCCGGUCCCACAGAAGCCGGUUGGGUCAUGGCCUGGAUGUCGUUCCCCAUCCCGUCGCUGUAGUUAUAAAUAACAUUGGCGGCCCCCCGCUUGGCGGCCGCGUUGAUCUUCUCAGAGAAGGUGCAGCUGCUGCCUGCUGGAUGAGGGCAAGCCAUGGCAUGCCUGUGACGGCGAUGGUGGCGGCCGGCGGGACACUGAAGCUGGUGAGGGGGUUGCAGGCGUUGACGGCUUGGAGCCCCUCCGGCACCACCAGCACGCCGGCCUCCCACCGCAGGGACGAGUCCUGCCCGUAGAUGCCAUUAUCCUCCUUGAAUUUGUCUAAUCCUCUUCUAAAGCCAUCCAAGUUGGUGUCCAUUAUUAAUUCUUGUGGGAGUGAAUUCCAGAGUUUCAUUAUGCACAAAAAAGGAUGACUAGCCAUACCUCUGUGACUUCAGGGAUUAAGUUUCUAGAGCCACCGUGGCAGGUUCACAAAUGCAAAUCUGAAGAGCUGGACAACUAACAAAUCUGAAAGUGUAUGAUGCAGUUCUGACUGGCAAAGUAUCACUACUCAUGCUAUCUUCAAAGACAGUACGAGUGCGAAGUAUACAGCUUCUCUAAGAGACUGGGGCUCAUUAAAACAAUGGAAGUACUUAAAACCCAUAGCCUCAGAUUUUACCAGCCCCAAAUCACCCAGUGAGAUUCAAGGCUGUGUGAGGACUUGAACUAUGUGAGGCUUCUCAAGGGCAACUGGUUGGCCACUGUGAGAACAGGAUGCUGGACUAGUCUAGAUGGGCCAUUGGCCUGAUCCAGCAGGUGCUUUUUAUGUCCAUUAUGAAUUCAGGAUGACCAAAGUUUAUUACAGCCAGCUUGGGUUCCUGAACCAUCCUGGAGCUGUGCACAGGUACAUCAGAUGUUAUCCACUAUGUCACACUGGUUUAGCACUUUGUCUAGUGGAGCUUCAAUCUACAUGGGGUGUGACAGCUUUGAGGAAGGGUAUCUAAUUCAGUGCUCUUUUCUAUGACAUUAUUUCAGCCUUUGCUCCUGUGCCUUUAACAGCAGCUAAUAUUUAUCUCCGUAUGAAAAGGCUCACUUGCUGAUUGCUGCAGAUCAAACUAUAAAAGUCAGAGGAGCUGGACAAGCUCUUUUUUCCUUGUCUGUUGGCAAUACUGCUAUAAAAACUGCUGGGGUGGGGUGGUGCAGGAAGAGAAUCAGCUAAAUCCUGUUACCACUUUUGCAGGCAAUAAAAGCUGCUGUAGCUCCGCUGUGCUGCUCCUGCCUGGUGUGCCUCUCCUGCCAUGAUGCCCCACCUCCUUAUAGAUCCUGUGUUAUAAAGAAUGUAGUCAGCCCAACACAAUCUUAGCAGCCAGCACCUUCCACAAUCGGCUUCAUCUCGACACUAAUAGAUAUUAAAAUACUGAGGAAUUAUGCAUCCCCAGGGAGGUACUGAAUCAAUAGAACCUAGCUGCUCUCAGGGCUUUUGUUAACUUGAAAAAGAGGAAUAGAUGAAGGGCUGCUGGGAAGCAGAAUACACAGUCAAGCCAUUGUGAAAAUGGAGCAGAAGAAAGUUCUCUCGAGGGUGCUUAAAGGAAAUCCUGCUCCCUCCAGAGGCCAAAGUCUGUAUUAGCCAGCUUGGGCUUCUGAGCCACCCUGGAGCAGUGCAUAGCUACAUGCCCAGCUGUCCAAGGAAUUAUUUCCAUUUCCAAGCAUUUAAUUACAAAUUAGCACUGGAGCAAAUGGUAAGAGGAGGUGUAAUUGGAGGUGCUCUCCUUGUUCUCUCUUUGUGUCCAGCUCAACAUGGCGCUAUCUUCUUCUUUCGGCUGAGCCUGUUCUACCACUGCCCUUUGUCUCAUUUCAGUUCUAUCUGUUGUCUCUCCCAUAUAUCUCUGUUCAAGGGUGUAGUGGUGGUAAAUGUUGAAGUGAGGGAACUCAGCAUGGCAGCCCCCAAAGAGAGUCCAAAAAUGCAAGGAGCUGUGUUGAUUCAUAUAAGCAUUAUUUGUUCAUUUAUGUUCUGCUCAGGGCCUAAAUAGGCUUCUAAGUGAUUUACAAGUAUAAAAAACUAUGACACAAACAUUUAAAUAAAACAUUCAUAAUUAAAAUGCAUGCAUUUUUUUACACACACACUAAAGAGCAAGAUUACACAGCAUAAAUACCCAAUUUAGCAAGGUCCACAGACUAUCAUAGAAUAAUAAGCUGGCAAAAGGUGGUAUAGUAGUUGGCAUAUUUGAAAUUAUGCUGACUGCUUGACUGUUUCCAAACCUAUAGCCUAAUUAUUCUUUGUCCAAAAGACCUUCAGAAUUCAAGAUCAUCACACUUGGUGGUUUCUAUUGGAAAAGAAACUCGCCUCAUCUCAAAAAGGAUAUUAUAGAGUUGGAAAAGGUUCAAAAGAGGGCAACCAGAAUGAUCAAGGGGAUGGAGCGACUCCCUUAUGAGGAAAGGUUGCAGCAUUUGGGGCUUUUUAGUUUAGAGAAAAGGCAGGUCAGAGGAGACAUGAUAGAAGUGUAUAAAAUUAUGCAUGGCAUUGAGAAAGUGGAUAGAGAAAAGUUCUUCUCCCUCUCUCAUAAUACUAGAACUCGUGGACAUUCAAAGAAGCUGAAUGUUGGAAGAUUCAGGACAGACAAAAGGAAGUACUUCUUUACUCAGCGCAUAGACAAACUAUGGAAUUUGCUCCCACAAGAUGCAGUAACGGCCACCAGCUUGGAUGGCUUUAAAAGAAGAUUAGACAAAUUCAUGGAGGACAGGGCUAUCAAUGGCUACUAGCUAUGAUGGCUGUGCUCUGCCACCGUAGUCAGAGGCAGCAUGCUUCUGAAAACCAGUUGCCAGAAGCCUCAGGAGGGGAGAGUGUUCUUGCACUCGGGUCCUGCUUGCAGGCUUCCCCCAGGCACCUGGUUGGCCACUGUGAGAACAGGAUGCUGGACUAAAUGGGCCACUGGCCUGAUCCAGCAGGCUCUUCUUAUGUUCUUAUGAUUAUCUUAUUUACAAAGCAGUAACCCACUUUUGCUUCCCUGGACAAUAGCCUAAGAAACCUAAGUUGUGGAAUCUGCCUAUGCUAGAAGCUUAUGGCAAGUCAGUACCAUGUUGCAGAGUCCUAUGAUCCCAGCAAAAAUGGCUGCAAGUCUGUUGCUUUAUGCACUGGUGAUACAAAUCACUAUCCUAUGCUACGGGUAGAAACACACUCACUGUUCUGCCGGUUACAGUGCAUCUCCACCUCUCUCUUCUGAAAACUAGUCAACACAUGACACUAGUCAACCCUCCCCACCUUUUUACUAUCAAACCUGGUGCGAGUAGCUUGAGUGCAUUUUUUAAAAAUUCAGCUUCAAAGAGAUUUUGCAACUGAUCAGCAGAUCAACCCCUUGCUCCUCUAGGUGUGGCUAAUGGACAUGUUUUGUUCAAGUGACCAGUGUGUCUACAGUCUAAGUCUAUGCUGUCUGCAAUUCAACAAUGUACCAACUGCAUAUAAAAAAAAAUAUGCAAAAACAAUUAAGGGCCCAAAGAGCAUAGUGAUUAUAUAGCUAUCCCCACCAAUCACAGUGGCAAUGCCCACUGACAACUACGCGAGCAACAGGGCAUGGAAAGCCCUAAUCAGUAAGUGGCAAUAUCAUAACUACAGAACUGGCACUGCUUAACUCACUCCUCCUUCCCUCCCCUCACCCAUGGCAGGGAUGGUUGCAGAGGGAGAGAGAGAGAGAGAGAACAAUAGCUCUCCCCACUCUAGCUCCUGAGCCCUGCAUGAGGAAGCCGGAGAUGCAAAUUCAUGCCCUGCUCCUGAGAGAGGGGCUCAGGUUUCCCCUCAGUUCUAACAUUUCACUACAAAUAGCCUUAUUAACUAGUUCUGAGUUAUGUUUGAUUAUUUUAGGUAAGAGACAGAGCACUGUGAGCUUACUGCAUAUUAAGAACAGAUUUCCAACCGGUUUUGGUGUAUAUUUUGUAUCCCACCUUUCCUAGCUUGUUAAAUUGUCACGUCUUCUCUUGUGGUAUCAUGAAGACAGAUUACCCCUUACUGACAAAGGCAGGAUGGGCUAAUGGCAGGGGCAUUCAUUUUUGUGAUUCCAGGCCUUCUUGCUUGUCCCCAUCUGUCCUAUGACUAUAAUGAGGCCUGAUUAAAAUUUUCCUUGCUGCUUGAAAGGGAGGGCUGGAGAGUGCUUGCCUGGUAAGAGAUCUCCUUAUGAGUCCAUACUCCAUUUUCAUUCCUCAUUAUGCCUCCUGUUCCUAAACUAUCCCUGUACUGUUCUCUCUUUGUCUCUGGGUGUGUAUUAUAAAGAAAAGCAGCAGAGGAUGUAUGAAGGAGAGCACAGCUUCAGGAAACUUUUCAGAGCAGGAGUGAUGAUGUCAUCUGCCAAAGUGUGCCAGGGUAAAUUCAGGGACCUUCCUUGCUCUGGCUAGCAAAUGACAUGGUAACUAACUACACUUUCAGGUUUUCCUGUUGUUUGGGACAGAUUAACACAGAGGAAGUCAGGGAAUGUGAAAAAUAAUCAAGCAGAUAUUUCUCUUUCUUUGAUGGUGUUCCUACUUCAAUCUGGCAGUUUAAGUGGUAACCCUUCUUUGCAAGAUUGUUUGCAUUUUUUAUUAAAAGCUAAAGGUUGUAUUUUA